AUGGCUGCAGCCGCCGCUGCUGCACCUGCGCGCCUUUGGCUGUCCGCCGUGUUCCGCGUGAUUGUCGGCAUGAAAGAAGAGUCGGCCAAGCAGCCAAUAAAAUCCAAUGAUGGACUGCCACAACGUAUCUGCCCGAAAUGUACCGCGCAAUUCUACAUUAUUCACAAGUUUCGCCGUAAAUGCCUCAAGGUACAAAUUAGAUUGCGAUCCCUGCUCGGCAAAACGAAAGGUUGGGAAUAUGAAGAAUUGCUGGCGCGAGCGGUGGCAGAGCAAUCAGAGGAGCUGCAAGCGCAGCAAAAGCAGCCAAAGUCGAAAUCGAAGCCAAAUAAUUGCCAAAGACAGCGAAACCAAGAGACUCAAACAGACGAGCUGGAGACCGCGUUGAGCGUGAAUCUGCCACCGGUGUUGGACAUUGGCAACGAUUUAAUUAACGAUAACUACAACAAAUCGCCGCGCACCGGACUGGAACUCGCCGCCAAUGCCGCGAAUAGGCAUAGCAGUAAGCACAAUAGCAAGACGUCCAAGACGUCAGCUGCAGCGACGAACACAACGAACACAGUUACCGCUAGCAAUACGGCAAAAGUGACGUCCGGAACGACGCAAAACCCAUUAUUGGGCGGUGAGGAACCCACAAAGCCGAAAACGAGAGUGCCAAGCAGCGAUCUGAGUACGUUAGAUGUUGAGGCGGCUUUGGGUCGUGAUGUAAAUAGGCGACGCAGCGGUAGCAGCGUCGAUCAAGAGUCGCUGCUGGCAACGCAUAUUAUUUUCAAACCAGCGACAGCAUCGGCAGCGUCAACGGCGACGACAACGGUAACGGAACGCGCGAAAGCCACCAAGUCUACAACGGCUACAGCGUCCACAACACUGAGUGUAAUGCGAACGAGAUCGGCGCGAAAGAAGCCGGCCAAACAAACGAAGGAGGAUGAAUUAUUCUUGCCCGCAAAGGUGAAAGGCGAGGAAGCGCGCGAAGAUGGUUGUCUUGCCAGCGCUGUUAAUGAUGGUGAUGAUGAUGAUGACGAUGAGGUGAAAAAUGAGGCGUUGGCACGGGCAGACGAGGUGGAAGCCGACGCCGUAAUGUCUGUGGAGGCUACAGCCAUAACGGCGUCGUUUUCAAGCGAUGAGCCAAAGCGGGCCGAGAGCUGUGAACGACGCGGCAAUCGUGCACGAGAACGAGAAGGGGGCGGAGAACGUGAACAUAAAUGUGAAUGCAAACGAGUAGGAGAAGGAGAUCGAGAAACAGAAGCGGAAAUCGCGUCAGCAGCAGUAUUUAUGGAUAUGUGCCACGCCCACUUGGCAACAACGACGACGAAGAAAGAGGCGGUGGCGGCGGCGGCGAUAUCGUGUGAUGCGGACACGUUAAUAGCUCGCUGUGGCGGUGAUUGCAGCGGCAAUUUUGUUAAAGGUAACGCAGAUGAGGUUACGACUGAAGAAACAUUGAUGUCUUCGUGCCACAACAAGGUAGACGACGUCGAUUUGUUACGACCAGCUGUUGUUGUUACCAGAACUAAGGCACCAAUGGACGUUGACGACGUGUCGACGAUGGUGCAGCAGAAACCGAUUAGCGAUCAAGCGGCCAAAAUAACGCUGGGCAACAGCACUACAGCGAGGGCAACGGCGGCGGUAAAUGAAGCUCCGACGAAUGAUGUACAAAGCAGUAAACAAACAGUGGAAGUGUCUGAGAUUAGUAAUUUGCCAAUUUUGCCGGCAACAACGAGGACGACGACGUGCAACAACGAGACUGUGAAAGAUGGUGCGGUUGCCUCGCAGAUAAUUGCCAGUGAAACUGAUGCAAGUAAGGCGGCGGCAGUCGAGGAUAAUAAUAAGGGAGUUGCUGGCAACACUUUAAAGUCAAGUUUGAAUUGGAGUUUGAGUCUGAGAAAUGUGAACGGCAGUGAUCUCAACGACGGCGGCGAGAAUCGUUUGCCAACUGAUGAACGUUUUGCUGUUGAAAAUGUGCCUGUUACUGAUGUUGAUUGUGAUGAUGAAGGCGUUGAAACGCUAAUGGCAACAGUUGAACUGCGGCCGCAAACAAUAACAACAACAACAAUAGCAGGACAGCAUACAAUCAACAAUCAAACUAUUAAGUCUGAUGCAGCAACAAUGAUCUCAGAGCAAACUGUCCUGCCAGAAACUACAACUACUUUCGCUUCCACCUCCACCUCCACCUACGCCACCUCCUCUUUCGUAACGAAAGCCGCGCUCAAAGCGUACACCACCUCACCCAAAUGCCGUGCACUUGCACGCCGCCAUAUGCAGCGCACAAUUAGACGUGCGCUAAAAGGGCCCAUUGCCCAAUUGCUCGCCUCCUCCCCCGCCUCUACAUCAGCCGCUGCGGCCGCUUUUACAGCCAUCCAUUACAAGAAAAAGCAAAUACGACGCGGCAUUACACAGUUGGCGAGUGAGCGCGCGACGACAAUACUCGAAAGUGAUACCACAUCAGCGUCGACAAUAGUUAACAGUAGUGACACUAGCGCGACGGACAGCAACAACUCUCCGCCACCACCACAACCGACCUUCUCGUACUAUGCGACCGCUCGACGUGGCCGACGACGACUCAAAUGGCGCGCACGCUCACGCCUCCCAUGUUUCAACAAACACAUGCGCAUAGAGAGUGCAACAAAUGACGGCGAAGUAGAUGUUAGAGCCGCUGAGGGAACAACUAAACCAUUACCCUCAUGCUUUGUACGUUUGCGGCGUAUAGAAGCGAAUGAAUUGCACGAUGAGGUCGCAAAGUCAUCGGCGGAGAAAGCAUCGUCAUAUGCGGUGGAAUACGUAAACGUAAAAGACGUCCAUAUGGCCGGGCUAUUGGACAGCGAAUUCGAAGCAAUAACGGCCACUGACUCAACUGAGGAUGCGCAUAGCACACGCAUAACGCUGAAACGUAAAUUGCCAGCGGAAGAAAUCGAUAGCUCAUUAUCGACCAGAUCACCUUGGCGCACCAAAGCCGAAAUGAAGGAGGGUCUAGAACAGCAAACGUCCGUAGAAGAAGAGGAUGAGCAGCUCAUACUUAGCGCGCACGACGAAACGAUGAGCUCCACGGCACCUAGCACUGAAAUCCAAAAGACUGAAGUGAGCCUCACUGAGGCCUGCACCACUGAUGCGGAUGUGUCGGCGUCGAACGGCCUCGAACGGCGCAGCAAACGUAUCAAGAAACGGCGCAAAUUGUUAGAGGAAAACAACAGAAGUAACGCACCCAAUGCAGGAAGUAAAACCAACGGUAAAGUUAUGCCUAUCAUAUUGAAGCUGGUGCAAGAGAAGCGUUCUGACGGCUGUGCAACGUGCGAGCCAAAAAGCGCAGUCACGACAGUUGCACAGAAUGAACAUGGAGCUUCAACAUCGCCAACAGUGGCGGCUCGCUAUCACGUAGUGGGAAGCGUACCACGGCAACAGGGUGACGAUGCUGCGGUGUGUGUGUCGCAAAAGCGACGCCGUGUGCGUCCAAGACGUGCGUGCUGUCGGGAUGGUUGCUUAACUGAUGAUACAACUGAAGAUGACAACGCGCCGACGGCAGUGCGAAAGCGCGAAAAUGUUAGCUUGCCACCGCAGUUCAUCACCCAAACUAAAGGCAAGAUGAUAAUAGAUAAUGUAAACAUUGUGAAUGCCAACAGCUGCGGGGAGUCUGCCAAAGAAAAUUGUGAUAAUAAUAAGAAAGUGCGUGGGGCAGCAGCGGCACCUUCUUUUGCGAACACAACCGCUGCCUUGUCUUUGCCCACACAGCUUGUGCCUUUGUUGCCUCUCUUGCCAGCGCUUUUGCCAACCACUACAGUGUGCCACAGAGAUGAUACAUGUAAAUUGCCAUCAUCUGCAACGAAAACGGCCGCGUCGUCUUCACCGUCGCCAACCAAAGUGUCGCCGCCGACACCGAUGUCUCUGAAAACAUUUUCCUCGCUCAUGUCCACCACAACAAAGUCCACUAUAUUAGCAUCACCAUCCAAGUUUGCAACAACGCUAUCACCGACGAAAUGUUCCGCACAGUCGCCGCCAGUAACUUCGAAAGCGUCUGUGCAGACAUCGCCAACUUCAUCUUCAACAACCAAUCCAGUCUCGGUGCUAUUGCGCAAUCAACUAAUUGUGCGCGUGCCACUCUCUGCGCUGUCCGCUGAGUUCCAAACAAAAUUCUUUAGGACAAGCAAUGCACAAAAGACACCAACUAAAACCUCAUUGGCCGUGUCAACGGCGACCAGCGAGACGGAGAACGUGUCAACGCCGACAACAACACAUACAACAAGUCCCCAAGCGCCAGCGCGAACAGAUGAAGUUGCGGAUGGGAAGCUUGGGCAUGACGAGCAUAACAAUCUGCGAAAAUAUAGCAACAGCGACAACGAACGCGAAAAUGAUGGAUGCCUUGAAGCAAACGCAACGUCUGGUAGUACAAACUCAACUAUUGAUGCAUCGCAACUGCCGGAUGUUGGCGACGAGCAGAUGCAGCCAAUUGGCGACAUCAGCACAUUGAAAUGCAGUUCACAAAACGAAACACAGAUCGAUGCUGCGAACGCGCAGUUUGUGCGUUACAGCGGCUGUAGCGGCGGGAACAGUCAGUAUGAGAGCGAACAAAGCGACUUUAUGGGAUUCAGUGAUGGCACAGGUUCAAGCCCAAAUAGGCGCGUGGAACGUGCAGCAGACAAUAACGCAGCAUGUAGCGACAGCUAUUUACCGAUAGCAGCCACAGCAACUUUAGCUGGUACAAAACUUCACGAUUUUAUUAGCGAAUUUGCGCCCGAGUUGGUUGAUGAGUCUGAGGCGCCUCAAGCCAACGAGCUGCAAGCCACUUUGCCUGCCGGUGAUGUGACAGCUGCAUUGCUGGCCGAAGCAGAGGCGGAAGCCGAAAAAGUUUCGCCACUUUGCGUCGCAUCUCACGCAGCCUUACAGCCGACUCAACCCACACAGCUAUUAAGUGAGUCGAAUUUGAGCGAGAUGCAGGAUGUGGAGAAUACAUUAAGUGGCAUACUUAACGAAAUGCAGGAUCAGCACAUCUAUACGCCAGUUUCAUCGAGUGCGGAUGACUUUUUCGCGCAGUCGGUAUAUUCGCCUCUCUCCGAGCCUCCAGCCACGCCCACUCACAGCAUGUACGCCGAGAGCCCGUUAGGCGGUGUAGGCAGCGUGGGCAGCAGCAGCAUGGUUGGUGGUGGAGGCAGUUUGUCAGUGGCUUCGAGUCCCUACGUGCAACACAUGCACAUGGAACCCACGAGCGUUAGUAGCGGACAGAUGUCGGAGCCCUCUCCACUACCAGCACCUAUGUCUGUGGGCCCAUCGCCACAUCAGCACCAGCAGCAACAACAGGGCCAGAAUGCUACUGCUGCCGGCUAUGGUAGGCAGUACGCGAACGGCAACGGCAAUGGGCAGAAAUACGGUGAAUGUUUCACCGAGGAUAGCACACAAUCGGAGUUGAUUGGCUUCCAAAAUGAUAUACCCUGUUUCGAAAAUAUUGAGUUGGCAGCAGCAGCUGCUAACAAUUCGUCAGCCAGUCCCUCAAGCAGCCACAAUGGCCAGGGCCCACAUGACAUCGAAUUAACUUCAACUGGCGUGCCCGCUGUGGCGACGGUGAUGCCCGUUGAAGCGCAGUCUAAUUGUAAGGUAGCUGCCGUGGAGGCGGCCCCUGUCCAGUAUUUGGGCAUUGCACCGAGCAACGAGGUCAACGAAGCCGACAUUGGGUUGGUGUGCACGCGAGACACUGGCGCACAGGUGCAUACGCCAACACCAAAUUUGCCCGUCGGGGAUAGUGAUGAAGGAGCCGCUGUGAAGGAAUAUGCGGUGGAUACUGAAACGCUUGCACAGCUGCUGAAUGAUUUCGAGGCGCCGGAAGGUACGGAACCGCAACGGGUGGAGAAGCAGAACGAAAUAGUAGAUGUGCAGCAGCAGUUAGUUCAUCAACGUCGUGCUGUGAACCAACAACAACGACGCCUGGUGCAACAACAAUUGGUGUCCGCUGAGGUGGUACCAGCACAACAACAAAUACUACCCCAACAACAACUUGUGCAACAACCGCCGCAAUCAGAGCUGCUGCUGCAACAACAGCAGCAACACGAAGAAGAAUUGCUCCAACAGCAGCAACUAUUGCAACAACAACAGCAGCAACAAGAGCAGCUGCUGCAGCAGCAAUUGCUCGAGCAACAACAACAGGAACAACUGUUGCAGCAACAACGUCAACAACAACUGCUGGAGCAGCAACGCCUACAACAACAGCAGCAACAAAAACAACUGCUGGAACAACAACGCAAACAGCAGCAGCAGCAGCGCCCGCAAAUAAUCCAUCAAACCAUGCUUGCCGCGCCUAAGCAGCAACGCGCCCAACCCGGCCCGCAGCAAAAGCAACACUACAUUACUUUGCCGCCCAGCUGCGCCUAUGAGGCCGCACAAAUGCAGCUGGCGCAAGCGGCAAACUCCAUCCAACCGAUGCACAAUCUAGGGGUGGGAGUCAACCUCUACGCCCACGGCCUUGGCUCCGGGCAAGAAAUUCAAUGGGCGUCCACCGCCGAUCUGGCGACUCUUUCGCCGGCCAUCAUAGAGGCACCUGUCGCCGGCGGUGGUACUACCACUUACUACAUCAGCGCCAGCGAUUUGUAUCAGCCCAACUUGAUUGCAACCACCGCAAUGCCACCGCAGCAUACCCACCAUCACCAACAACAACAUCACCAACAUCAACGCCAAGCCCUCGAGUUGGACAAAUGUUCGGUUGUCGAUGCCAAUGAAAACUACAUUGAAGGAAUGUCUGGCGGUACCGGUGGUACAUCAGCAGCAACACAACGUCAAGCAUGCCAGCAGCAGCAACAACAACAACAGCAACAACAAAUAAUGAUUGUAAUACCACAAGAAUAUGGAACGUCAGGUGCAGGUGGCGCUACCGCACAGCUAUACGCCACAACCGCCGGCACACCUGAUCAGCCGACUACGUAUCAAUUGUCGCAGGCACCGCAAGCAGUAAUCAUGCAACAUGCGCAACCACAAUUACAAGCGCAAGCUGUACCGCCAAUGCCAACACUGCAGAUGAGCGGCGUCAAUUUGAGUCCGCAAUUCAUCGCCUCACCUACAGUGAAUUCACAUGCGGCAGCACCGCGUCAAGCGCACCACACGCCUUCCACACAACAGUUGCAACACUAUCAGCUGCACAAUGGUACACCACCACCACGUCCGCCCGCAGCGCUGAGUGCCAAUCGGCCGCCACGUUGCGCUUCUACGCCCUCCGCUUCACAUUACCAACAACGCCAGCAACAGCGAACGCAACAGCAUCCACAACAACAAGUGCGCUUGAUGCAGCAACCGCGUGCACGUCAACAAACACUACAGCAACAUCAACUGAUUCAACCGCAUCCACAACCAACAACCGCAACAGCCAGCGCCGCCCAAGCGUCAGUUCAAAAAGUCAACCUCGUAUGUCGCUUCUGUCACAAGCGCCCCAAGUUCACCAGCAAUCUAGACUACAGCAAUCACAUCAUAGCCAUGCACCCGGUUGAGACACCCUUCAAUUGUCCCCAUUGUCCAAUGCAUUUUACACGCCGUGUCAAACGCCAACAACACAUUGUCGAAGAGCAUGGGGCGCAUCGUUUCCAAUGCGCUCAAUGUGGCCAAAGUUUCUGCACACAACGUGCGCUCGAUCAACAUUUACAGCGCGCACAUGCAUUGGAGCCAACGCAACAACCGUACACGCAGACGACGGCAGCAAUGACGCCACUGCAACAGCGCCUGUCACGGCAGCAGCAACAGCAUACACCAAGUGUGGCGACCACACAAGCGGUUGCAGCGCAACAAUUGCAACAUUCACCACAACGCCGCAAAUGCUUCCUGCAACAGCGACCCACUUGGCUGGAAAGUCGCAAUCGCACCGCAGCAAUGGCCUCGGCAGCAGCAGCUGCGGCAGCGGCAUCCAAUUCGCAAACGCCAAUGGUGCGUGUAGAGGAUGUGCAUUUGCAAGUGUGCGACGAUGCGGCCAAAGGCAAGAAGUCCAUUGAUUUGCAACUAGACACCACGCAAUUGACGGCUGAGUCUACAACGACAACAAGUACGCUGUCCGGUGGUGGUGGUGGCGGCGGCGUCAACACGCCAUCGCCAAGUUCAAGUGGCGGCAAACCGCAACGCAUACUUUGUUGUCCCGAUUGUGAUGAUCCUUUCAAUGAAGAGCAUUCCCAUGCGCAGCCAUGCGUAGCGCUUCAAACGCAACAACAACAGCAACAAGAGCAACAACCACAACAGCUGCAGCAGCACCAAGAACAACAUCAACUGGUGGAGCAGCAGCAACAGCAACAUGAGCAGUUAGGCCAACAAGAAGAAGAAUCUAGCUUUGAGCAGCAGCGGCAACAACAACAACAACAUCCGCAGCAGCAGCAGCAGCAGCAGCCACACGCAGAGCAAUUACUUCAGCCACCGUCGAAGAGCGCGCACGUUACGCUCCCCUCACCCGAGCAAACCGAACCCGAUUCCACCUCCACCUCCACCAACAACACAGCAACACUGCGACAUUUCCGCAAACGACGCGCUAGCGUCAAAUACACCGGAAUGCCUGCCAUGUUAACUGGUGCGGGAGGUGGCAAUUCAACAGCCGCUGCUGCUGCGCUAAUGGCCGCUGCCGCUAGCAAUUCGAACGCCACCGAGGACGAACUGUUGCUGAUGGAACGUGUCUUGCGCAACAGUCAUAAUUGUCUCUUCUGUGAUGCACGGUUCACCAAUGACAUAGCGCUGCGUAAACAUCAUCAAUUGGCGCACAGCAAUCAAGCCUCAAUGCCAUUUGUGUGCUCGAUCUGCAAGCGUGGUUUUCGCAUGCGCACCGCACUGCAACGACACAUGGAAACGCACGACAGCGAAGGACGACCAUACGAGUGUACAAUGUGUCAUGUACGCUUUCCACGCCCCUCUCAACUGACACUACACAAAUUGACGGUGCAUUUUCUGCGCAAACCGCACACCUGCGAGGUGUGUGGCAAGCAAUUCGGAACGGAGAGCGCUCUCAAGACGCACAGCAAAUUUCAUGCAGCACACAUGAAGACACAUCUGCCGUUGGGCGUUUUUAUGUCCGAGGAUGCACUACAACUGCCACACGGUCGCCAGCAGGAACAACAUCACCAACGCGAACCAGUGUAUGAAGAGGAAGAAGAGUUGCGUGCGGUUCGAGAAGAACAACAGCCACAAACAGACGAUACUGAACAACCGCAGGAAGAACGCGAACAGCAAGAAUUGGAGCAGCUGCUUGAAGAUGAGCCACAAGAGUUGGAGGAACCACAAACAGCUGAACCACAAGCUUAUACCGAUGAAGACGUCACGCCAAUGGCAGUUGAUAGUGUUGACAAUAAUGCAGAUCAUCAGCAGGAGCAUGAGUUUGAAGAUGAGGAUGCAGAGGCGGAAGAGAAUGGGGCGCACGUGCAGGUAUCAGAGGAAGUUGAUGAACAAGCGCGACAGCAAGAACAAGAGCAACAGCAGCAGCAAAAUGCUGAUGAUUUAAUGUUUGCGGCCAGCUGCAGUCCCAGUACCACUACUGGCGCCAGUCCAUAUAGUUUCGCAGAUGGCAAUCAUGUAAACCAUUCAGAUAUUAGCACCACCACCACCACCACCACUACCACCAGCGCCACCAAUCGCAAUUAUUCCGAGAGCAUGAAUCGUUGCAGCAGUAGCGCUAAAUAGUCUCCGGCGAUUGCAUACAUCAUCGGCCAAAAGCCACCUACCAUUGUGCUCUACUAUUGCGCGGAAACGUAACAGGAAAAGGAACAGGUGGAGGGGGCGAAGGGUCAGGUAGGUGAAGGUUCAGCAUCAUCAGCGGCGAAGAGACGGUGAAAGAGAGCUGUAGGAGAACAUCGUGAGAAUUGAACAGAGAUAAAAUAUUUUGCACAGAGAAUGUAGAUGUAUGUACGAGUAUAUCAGGGAAUUACCGUUAGAGCGAGCAACUGCAUUCUUUAAAAGCUUUUAGAAAAUAUUUUAAGUAGUUAAAACUACAGCUCAGGUAUCGGCUGUGUACACAUACAUAGAAAGGUUUUACCGACUAUGGCCACCUGAAUUUACAGUUAUAUGAACCAGAUAAAUGCGCUGUUCCAGCAAAGACUUACCUAGUGCUGGACACUAAUUGUGUUACAGACACAAAAACCAUUGUUUUGUCUUAAGAAAACAAGAACCUUUGAGAUGACUUAUUAUACUAUGUAUAUGUAAUGCCAGGAAUAGUUUCUCUAUUCGAUUUAGCGUUGUUUUUAACUCUUAACACGCACUUGCUUAUAUAAUACUUGAAAAAAUUUAAAGAAAGCUUUGAAAAAACGCAACUGUUUAAGUUUAAUACUUUUUAAAUUUUUAUAAGCUAUACUUUAGUAUACAAAUUUAAAGGUGCGAAGGAUGAAGCCAGGUUAAAAUACGAGCCCUUUUACAUUACGGGCAUUGCAUUAAAUUAA